AUGGCACCGAAAAAGAAGGGUCGGCGAGGGAGAAGGAAGACGAGUCCGAAAGAGGGGCAAGACAUCCCAGCCAAGGGGAGAGAGACUCCGAAAGAAAAACGAGAUAUUACAGGCAAGUCAAGCUCCAUCGCCGACAUCUUCCUGUGGUUGGUUGUGACUAACAUCAGCCAUGGCGAAAGCCCAGCUAAGAAGGGAGAGAAGAAGGAAAGAGACGAAUUCGGUGACGAGGUCGAGUUCACCACGGACCUCAAAGUCCAGUGGACGAAUGGUCCUUCAUGGGAAGAUGAACUGUCUGAAGGCUGGUUCCGCGAGAAAGACUUGCAGGGGCUGAAUCAAACCAUGGUCUUGCAGUACUGGGAGGACAAAGGAGCGAUUCACGACGAGAGAAUGGAUGCAAAAUCACACCGCAAGUCGUACCAGGUGCAGUUGGUUGGGUACCGCAAUGACCUGACUACUGGGUAG